AUGAAAGUUAAAAAUCUGUAAAGUUACCCGAUGUGAUUGGUUAAAAAAUUUAGAUGCAUGGGUUAGAGUUUGACGAGGAAUUUUUAAGGACAUGCGAUCCCAGGCUUCAACUGAGCAAUUCCGCACAAAAGCACAAAUGAUGCAAUAGCAGUGUCUCUCAAGAAACAACAGAGUAUCUCUAAGCCUGAUGAUCUUUUUUACGCUUGAUUGAGCUGAUAUGAUGAAAGCAAGGCUGCAUUCUGUAGCAGGUCAUCUGAAUAGAAGAGGUCAACAGGAUGUCUUUCAGCUGAAUUUAAAGAUAACCCAGCUAGCCAAAAGAGGUGACAUUGAUGAGGCCGUCAGAGUAUUCAACGCAAUAGCACAUCCCAACGCUGUCACUUACAACUCGAUGAUCUCCGCCUAUGCUAAGAAUGGAAGAAUCAGUGAGGCUUGUGCUCUAUUUAAUCGAAUGCCAUUUAAGAACUUGAUUUCUUGGAACACAAUGAUGAGUGGUUACUUGUAUGAUGACUAUUUUAAAGAAGCAGCUGACUUAUUUGAUAAAAUGCGUCGAAGGGACUCUUUUACUUACAGUCUCAUGAUUACUUGUUAUGCACGUAGCGGUUUCGUAGGAAAAGCAAGACGAAUAUUUGAUUCGAUGCCCGAUAAGAGUUGUGCAGCGUGUUGGAAUGCGCUGAUUACAGGGUAUGUCAAGAAUGGGAUGCUCAGCGAUGGUAGGAAAUUGUUCAAUGAAAUGCCAGUGAGGAACUUGGUUUCGUGGAAUACAAUGCUUUCGGGAUAUACCCGUAGCGGGCAAAUGUGUUUGGCUGCUAAGUUUUUCGAAGAGAUGGAAGAAAAGGAUUGGAUUUCGUGGAAUUUGGUAUUAGAAGGGUACACGCAAGCUGGUGAUCUGAAUGCUGCUAGGGAGUUUUUUGAAAGGAUUCCCAAUCCAAGUGUUGUUUCUUGGGCCACAAUGUUGAGUGGCUUAGCAAGGCAUGGCCACCUUUCAGAGGCAGAGGGAUUCUUUAACAACAUGACGGAGAGAUAUGUUGUUGCUUGGAAUGCGAUGUUGGCUGCAUACAUUCAGAAUUGCAAGGUUGACAAGGCAGUAGAGUUAUUUAAUGAGAUGCCACAGAAGGAUGCUAUAUCAUGGACUACCAUCAUCAGUGGUCAUGUCCGAAUUGGUCAGCUUGAAGAAGCGAAGAAAUUGUUGGAUAGAAUGCCUUAUGAAAAUGUAGGGUCACAAACAGCCAUGAUACUUGGCUUUAUUCAGAACAAUAGGAUGGAUGACGCCCGUCAAAUUUUUGAUCGCAUGAGGAAACGUGACACUGUCUGUUGGAACACGAUGAUCGCGGGAUAUGCUCAACAUGGAAGAAUGGAUGAAGCUUUCGAUCUAUUUCAAAAUAUGGCCCCAAAGAAAAUAGAUACUUGGAACACCAUGAUUGCGGGCUAUGCUCAAGUAGGAAAAAUGGAGAGAGCACUUGAGUUGUUUGAGCAAAUUGAGGAAAAGAAUGUAGUUUCUUGGAAUUCCAUAAUUUCAGGUUAUGCACAAAAUGGGUUAUACAUGGAUGCACUGAAGAGUAUUUUGCUCAUGAUUCGUGAUGGGAAGAAGCCUGAUCAAUCCACUUUUGCUUCUGGCCUAAGGGUCUGUGCGAGUCUUGCAGCUGAGCAAUUUGGGCAGCAACUUCAUCACAUUGUGGUGAAAAAUGGUUAUAUGAAAGAUAUGGUUGUCAGUAAUGCUCUAAUUACGAUGUAUGCCAAGUGUGGAAGUAUCUUGAGUGCCAGAGAUGUAUUCAGUGAUGUUGAUAACCUUGACGUGGUAUCCUGGAAUUCUUUGAUAGCAGGCUAUGCUCUAAAUGGAUAUGGGAUAGAGGCAUUCAAACUUUUCCAAGAAAUGGAAGGAUAUGCUGUCAUUCCUGAUCAAGUUACUUUUGUUGGGGUUCUUUCUGCAUGUAAUCAUGCAGGCUUAGUUUCUGCAGGUCUAACCUUGUUCAAUUGCAUGACGCAGAAGUAUGGCAUUGAACCUUUGGCUGAACAUUAUACUUGCAUGGUCGAUAUGCUUGGCAGAGCAGGAAGGUUAGAGGAAGCCUUUGAGUUAGUCAGGAAAAUGAAGGUCCAAGCCACUGCAGGAAUAUGGGGUGCUCUUCUUGGGGCUUGUCGCUUGCAUAAAAAUGUGAUGCUUGCUGAUUUUGCUGCUAGGAAGCUUUUUGAAAUUGAACCUCAUAAAACAUCAAGUCUAGUGCUUCUCUCAAAUAUUUAUGCUCAGUCAGGGAGGUGGGAUGAGGUCGACAGAGUUAGAAAUUUCUUGAAUCAGAAUGGCAUUGAAAAGGAGCCGGGAUGCAGCUGGAUUCAGGAUCAACGCCAGAUAUUGGUUUUUCAAUCUGAUGAUUAUUCAUGGCCAAAAACAGCAGAGAUAUAUAGGGCAUUACAGAUUUUAACAACACAGAUUAUGGAGCUUUCCUGUUUAAAUGAUCCUACAUGUGAGUAGAGUUGUAUGGUACCAUCUGAGGAUGAUCCUGUCAUGAGCUAAUUCAGAAGUUUGGCACACAGGAAAUUUAACAUCUGACACAUAUUCAACACGAAUUAUUAUUCUGAUAGAGCUAGUCACAAACUCUAAAUUGACAAGCGACUAUGAGGCUAUCAAAAUCAACCUGCCUCUAGAUCUCGACCCCAUAUGCACGAACAGACAAAUAUAAGACACGUGAAGCAAAAGAUAAGAGUGUGUAGAACAUGGUGAAUGUCAGAUUAAAUGUAAGACAUGUGAAGGUCCUAAAAGUUUGUUUCUCAGGGUUUGGAGAAAGCUGCACUAAAUACCUGUUUAGAGAGCCUCUUAAUACAAGAAUAUUGUAAUCUUUCAGUUGGAGAGCAGAUCACAUGAUGCUAUACUGUGCCAGGAGGCUUUGGAUUGGUAACUGAAGUUCAUCAGAUAUGCAUCCAUAGUGGUGUGCAAGAUGAUGCAAACUAUCAAAUUUAACUAGACAUCCAUGUGAAGAGGUGGAGACAUAACAUACAAAAGAGAUCAAAAGAAAAACAAGCUAGAUUUAUGUAUGUUUCUAAUUGUAAGCAAUGAGAAUAAUGUCAUCAUCAAUAUAGUUUUUGUAGUUAGGCAUCGUUCAAGAAUGUGGAUGUUUGAAUGUUGGCAGUGAGAAGCAUUCUAGUCUGGCCUACUACAUUAACAACUUCAUAUUUCUUAAAAAUCUGAGUUUUACAUGGCAUAUAUAACAUUUAAAACAUUAUACUUUUGAAAUUUCUUUUGCAUCAUUGAUUAGGAUGAUUUGAAGCAAAUUAUAAUGAUCAAGAGAUAUAUGAAUCUUCGUUAUCGUUGGACUUCUCUAUUGGCACUGGCUAACCAAAAUUACUGAGACUGUUUUAAUCAAGUACACAAAUGUGUUUAUACUUCAUAAAGAACGAAAAGUGUUGAUAACAGCAUAACAGAGAUAUAAAAUGUUCUGCAUGUAGUUCUCUGAGCAUGAUAUAUUGUUGUAAUUUCUGGGUACUGAAAAUUUGUGUAUCUUACUCAUCAAUGCAAAGUUUGCUACUUAGCUUAUUUCUUGCUUGGUUGAAAGUUUAGAUUUCUCCUGAAUAAACUGUCUCACUUCCUUAACAAAUAGUGCAGACUCAGGCAGCUCUGGAAAGUUAUAGAAACCAUGAAUACCAUUAGGAUAUUCAACCAACCAAACGUCCUUUCCACACCUCCUCAACCCCUCACAAUACCUUUUCUGCCAAUCCUGCAAUGGAUCAAACCCUGCAACAAAUACCAGCGAGCUUGGAAAAUCCUCCGGCACUGUGUCUGCUGCUUUAAAAUUUGGUCCAUCUCUGAAAACAUUGGCUGCUUUAUGGUUUCUAUCAGCACCUUCGGGCAAGAAAUUCCUCCACAUCCUGUCUAUGCUCUCGAUAUUGAGGAAAGGCACUCUUGUGAGCCUCAGUUCUGAUGCAGUGCGCUCUUCUCCACCAAAAAGUGGUUGCAUGGCUAGCAGCCCAGCAAUCUUUAUUUUCUUAAACUGGUGAGAGUCUUUGCAGGCCCUGUGUGUUACAUGGUGGGCUAUGUUUCCUCCAGCACUGUCUCCGGCUAUGAAGCAUUUGCUCAGGUCAGUUUUGGAGGGCAAAACAGCAUAAUUUUGUGCUUCUAUAUACUUAAGGGUGUCGAAACCAUCAUCAUAGGCACAAGGGAAUCGGUGUUCUGGGGCAAGGCGAUAGUUAACAGAUACAAUGGUUGCGGGUAUCUGAGCUGCUAGGUUGCAACAGAGAGCAUCAAAGCUCCUGGAGUCCGGACCAAAAUAUGUGAAUCCACCUCCAUGGAAAUAGACAAUGAGUGGCAAUGUUUCAGCUGAGGAUUUGGUGUCUGGGACGAAGAGGCGGAACCAGAGGUUGCGAGAGGGGUCGACGGAGAUGUCAGAGGAGGAGACAGGUACGUCAUUGAAGACUUUGGUAGUGGGAGCUAUGACUUUUUGGUCGAGGAGGCUGAAGAGACGGCGGUUGAUGGUGCCAUCAGAGCGGACACAUACUUUUGCAGCAAAAGUGCCGAUGGAGAUUUGGAGUCUCGUCUUAAAGGGGAGAGGCGGUUCCAUUGCUGUGACCUAUAUAAGCCUCAAUUUGGUAGUAUGUUUGUGAGACUCAGAUGCGGUUGUCGCUGCUUUUAUGGCUUCAUGGUGAACGUUAUUUGCUAAGCAGACUAGCAAUGAAGAAGCCAACAGAAAGAACAUAAACCAGAUUGCGGAGGUGAUCAGAGUUUGAACGGGGAAUUAAUUAAUUAAAGAUCCCUACGUACCAUCGUGGAAUUUGGAGCAUUUCUCGAACAUGCAUCCAAGGUUGCAAUAAUGGUGGCCAGCUGGGGGUGGUGGUGGUGGCUGCUGCUUCUGGCCGCCGGCAGCAAAAGAUGGAGAAAGAGAACCACAGUGCUUUUCGCAAUACUUGAAGCACCUCAAAGGACUGAUACCACUGUGUUUGCAACCCUCCAAGCAACCUUCUAAGCAGCCUCCUUUUUCUAUGUGUGCUUCGGCUCCGCUCAUCAUCAUCAAGCAGCCCCAUAACAACAAAGCCAUCAUCAUCACCAUCACAGUUACUGCAUGUUUUCCGGUUCCCUCCAUAAUUUUCUUUUUCUUGGUCUUGGUACGUAAUCCUGGAGUAGUGUAUGAUUUCUGACCUUUGUUGGAAUUGGCAUGGCACAUGUAUAUAUAUACAUAUACAGCUAGAGCAAAUUUGUGUGUAGGUGAAUUUUUGCUGAUCAACUUAACAUCAUUCACACU